UCCUCACGUGUAUGCGGGGUAUUAUUAAUUCAUUUACCGGGGUUACGGCGUUUCUGAAACUUUUAUAAGCGUUACGCGUAAAAUUUCUGCUCAUUUCCUCUUUUUCUGAAACAAUGAGACCGUUUUACAUCUGCCGGUGCUUGAUUAGCGCGUCGAUCCUUUUCGACGUCUUCGUCGAGUCCGCCGGCAACUUCCGGAAGUGCAAGAUAAACUCUCAAGAUGCCGACGCUUGUCUGUCGGUCGCCAUCGAGGACGCAGUGAAGGAGAUAAAGUCCGGAGUUCCGGAAUUCGGCAUACCCCAAAUCGAUCCCCUGAAAGUGGACAGUCUUUCGGUGGACGCGGGCGUCGGCGCCGUCCACUUCGCGCAGCACUACAAAAAUCUGGUCGUAACCGGUUUCGGAGAGUUCAAGGUCAACCAAUCGCAUUUAGACUUGGACAAUGGCAACCUGACGUUCUGGACGAUCCAUCCAAAAAUCGAGCAAAGGUCCGACUACGACAUUGACGGCAAAAUCCUGAUGUUGCCCAUGAAGGGAAACGGCCCUUGCACUUUGACCCUCACAAACGUCCUGAUCACCAACGAGAUCCUCUUCGACACCGAGCCGAAAGACAGUGAAGUUUUCCUCCACGUGCAGCGCUACACCAUGAGGGUUCACCCGACGAGGGCUAAUUUCAACUUCGAGAACCUCUUCGGCGGCAACAAGAUGCUCGGCGACAACAUCAACGACCUGCUCAACCGCGAAUGGGAAGUCAUUUUAGCGGACAUCAAGGGCGGCUACGAGCUCUACUACUCGACCCUUUUCCAGGACUGGGCCGGAAAAAUUUUCGAUCGCACGCCGAUCGAUCAGCUGUUUCUCCAGCGAUACACGUACAUAGUUCUCAGAGAUCGCGCCGAAUUUUGGAGCGAAAUGGUAUUUUUUUCGGUUUCCCUCGUUGUCGCGUUGAUGGUAAAUGUGGUGAGGUCAGCGCCUUUACCUAACGGAUUCAGCUCUUGCAAAUUGAGCGACCCCAACGUGGACGAAUGCCUAGCGAAAUCGAUAGAAAAUGGCGUCCGUCUCGUCAAAUCGGGUUUGCCCGAUUUGAAUAUUAAACCGCUAGAGCCCUACGACUUCGGUUCUCUCGUAGUGGGGGCGGGCACCGGAGCUGUCCUCUUCGAGCAGCAUUACCAGGACCUCAAAGUGAUCGGAGCGACUUCCCUGACCGUCACCAAAGCUCAUUUCAACCCCAAAAAGAAGGUUUUGACGUUUACUAGUGUGCACCCGAGGCUGAUCCAAGAGGGAAAGUACAACGUUAACGGCAAACUGCUCAUAUUUCAAGUGUACGGGAAGGGCCCGUCCAAAGUACAACUAGAUAACCUCCAAAUCCGGCAUAGAAUUGAACUCGAAGAAGUGGCGAGAGACGGCGACACCUACUACGACGUUAAGUCGUAUCGCUUGGAGCUGCUCCCCGAGAAGGUUCACUACCACUUCGAUGACCUCGUCGAGGGCAACCAGGCCCUUUCCAAGAGCAUAAACGGGGUACUGAACGACGAGUGGAAAACCGUUUUCGAUGAUAUCAAGUCCGGCUUCGAGGCAGGCUACGCGAACGUCCUGAAGGAAUACUCCAAGUCAUUUUUCGACAAGGUCCCGGCAAAGGAAAUUUUUUUGAGUUGAAAUAAAUCGC